AUGAAGGACGUGAAACUCGACCGCUUCUCGAAAUGGCUGUAUCUGCACCGCUGCGUCGCCAUGGUGAUGGGUAUGGGAAGCCUGUGGCGCUUCCCGACGCUUGUCUACGAAGAGGGUCGCGGCGCCUUCCUGAUUUGCUACCUCAUCAUGACCUUCCUUUUGGCCAUGCCUCUGUGUCAGAUAGAGAUAGCUCUCGCCCAGUUCUCGGGUUCCAGCAUCAAGGCUCUGUGGAAGUGCAUGCCUCUCGGACGGGGCAUUGGUGUCGCUGGCUGCUACAGUGCUGCCUUGGUGAGCGUGUACAACGCAUUGGUGCUCGCAUACGCCACGAUGUACUUCUGCGACAGCCUACUAUACCCGGAGUUGCCGUGGACCCAAUGUGGACCCGCCUGGGGCGCCGACGGUUCUUGCUACGGACUGAUGGACGCCCAGCUCUUAUGUGGCCGUACAGCGAGGCCCCCGGUGUAUCUGAUGUCGGGAUUGCUGGGCCGCAGCAGCCAAGGCCCCGAUGCCGUGCCUGUGCUGAAGUUCCCGGCCAUGCCGGUGAAUGACACACUACGCUGCAAAAACGCCACGCUGCCGUCGUCCGAGCAAUUCUUCUACAAGCGUGUGCUGUCGUUGAGUCCGAGCAUCGAAGAAUUCGGGCACUUCCGGCUGGACCUCGUCUCCUACCUGGGCGCUGUCUGGCUCAUCACCUUCUUUCACGUUGUGCGGAAAGUUUUUCGUCAAGGCUCCGCCCCAGCGCCGCCCACUUUUCGGGACGUGCAACCAAUCUCCCUGCCGGCCGCGGCAGCGCCGCGCAGAGCGGCGGAGACGAGCCGCCAUAUUUACACUAUCUCUGAGCAGCGCGUGCGGGACUUGUAG